AUGAAAUACUUGGGCCUGACUCUCGACAGUCACUGUACAUUCGGCGCCCACUUCGAGCGUCCUAUACCGUCGGUCGAGGCGACGACGAACGCCUUGGGACGUUUGCUAGCUUGGCUGGGCGGGCCCGGUGUCGGAGUGCGUAGGCUGUACGCCGGCGUGGUGCUAGCAAAGCUCCUCUACGGAGCUCCGAUCUGGGCGGGGGAUCUGAGGGCCAGCAGCCGCAGUCUUCGAGGGAUCAGGAGGCUGCACAGGUUGGUGGCCAUCAGAAUCACGAGGCGUUUGCGCACCGUUUCGGCGGCGGCGGCGACGGUGCUCGCCGGGCUUCCCCCGUUCGAGCUGCAGGCUCUCAGGUGUCGCGAGAUCUAUCUCCGCAACCGGGGUCUGCUGGGCGGAGUUGAAGCGAGUGACGCGGUUGCGGUGGCGCGGGCUCGGCGAGAACUGCUCGACAGAUGGCGCGCCGGCCACGACACAAGAACUGACGCGUCGGGGUUGUGGGCCCUCGGGGCCGUCCUUCCAAACUGGGACGUUUCGUUCGACGGAGGCGCGCCUCCUCUGACCUAUAGAGUGACGCAGGUGCUCACGGGGCAUGGAUGCUUCGGCGAGUAUCUGCGCCGAAUCUGA